AAAAAAUUUUUUUUUUGUUGCUGGUUGAAUCGCGUACACUGGCCAGGAUGAUGGAUAUGAAAAUGACAUCAUAAUUGGGUUAUUCGAUUAUUCAACAUUUUGCAUGGAAAAAAAACAAUCAUUCAUAUUCGAGUCGAUAUUGGAAACAAAGAAAAAAUCUAUUUGAAACAGAUUGAAAUCUAAAUUGAUAUUUUAUUGAAUUUAUGGCUGCCAUCAUCGAUAGACAUAAUCAUUCAAGUUUUUUCAAUGUCAAUGUUAAAAUAUCUAAUUAUCUGACUAAAUUCACCUUGGAAUUUUUUUUUUUUGGAAAUUUUCAAUUUUUCUCUCAUUCAUGCAAUCACUGGCUUUGAAUUCUCAUCUUAAUUGUUUGUCAGUAUCUUUCACACGAAAUACGUAAAAAUUUUCCAAUUGAAUUGUUUUUCUUCAAUAUACGGCGUAUUAUUCAAUCAAAUCAUCAUCAGCCAAUAUAGGUAGUUUGUCAUCAAAUUUAAUCAUGCAUCAAUCACAAUCUGGCGGUAAUCAACAAUCGAUUUGGUGGUGGAUGGCAACCAACCCAUCACCAUUAUCGUCAUCAACUGAAGAGAAACUGAAAAAACUUGUUGUAAAAGCAAACAAUAAUAGCACGAAUGAAGAUACCUGGUUAUUCACAACGAAUCCUAUUCAAUUUCAUUAUCCUUUGAGUCAUCAUCAGUUUGAUAAUAAUAAUAAUAAUAUUUUUGUGCCUCAAAAAUUGAAUAAAAAUAAAGAAAAAAUGGACACACUUCCCAGAACAUUCAACGAGAUGGCCAAAGAUCUUCAUGAUGACCAACAUGGAAUUGUUCAUAAAAUCAACUAUAAGCAUUAUGCCAUUAUGACUGUUUUGUUCACUAUUCUUGUGCUUUCCAUGAUCUGGCUUUUGGCUCAUGAUUCGCAUAAAUGUACGGUUGAUCAACAUACAGUCGAUACUUGUCUACGACGUUUGACAUUUUUCUCAGAAAUUAAUCAUUUUCCUACCAAUGGAAAAGAAUUGGACAAAUAUUGCAAAGAUAAAAUGGAAAGUGUCAAAUGUUUAAGACAUUUUGUCGAAGGCUGCCUUGAACCGGAUAAACUUCAACGCAGUUAUUUCAAAAAAUUUGUCUCCAACUAUCAACGACAAUUGGACAAGAUUUGUCUUCGUUAUACUGAACGACAAAGAUUCCUUGAAUAUUCGGAUUGCCUUUCCGAAAGUGAUUUAAUACACAAUGUUUCCACCUGUCAGAAUGCAUUUCAGAAUCAAUUGAUUUACAUUGCACAGAAUCUGGAUGGCGAACAACGACUUCAAGCUGCAUGUUGUGCUUUUGGUGCACGUUCUGAUUGUUUAGAUCGAACAAUAUCAACCGUUUCUUGUGCUAGUAAUAAUCAAGUUAGAAGUUUUGUUCUGGAUCAAAUCGAAGGACCUUUUCUUGGAAUCAUCGAUUCAGUAUGUGAACCAUAUCAUUCAACACGAUACGGUUGUCAACAAUUAGUCGAACCAACACUGUAUGAGAAACUAUUCGAACAUCCGGAAACAUUGAUUAGAAAAUAUGAUCAAACAAAAAUGCUUUCAUCGGAUGAAAUGGAUUUCUCAUCACCAUCAUUGGUCAAUGAUUCGAUUACUAAUUCUACGAAUUCAAUCAGUUCUCGAUUCAAGGUUGUUCAAUUAAUAUUCUAUGAAAAAUUUCUUUCCUAUUUUAUCAUAAUCCGGUCAAAUUAAUUUCAAUGAAACAAUGAAUUCCAUUUAAUUAUUGAUUGUUGAGCUUUGUUUAAUGAUAGAUUUGUCAUCACCAUUCAUAUAUAUACUAUAGUA